AUUCACAGUUAAUGUCUGGUGAUUUUGUCUUGGCGACGUUGGUGGUUACGGUUCUUUCGAUACGUGCGCUAGCUUCGUGAAAGGAUGGCUCCGAAGUACGAGCUGGCCGUUGGCCUCAACAAGGGCCACAAAACGACGAAAAUUCGAGUGGCGAAAAGCAAGUCCGAGAAGGAGAAGACCGUGUGUCUUCGACCGUCUAGAUUAAAGGGGAAACAAACCAAACACAGCAAGUUCGUGAGAGACUUGAUCCGUGAAGUCACAGGACAUGCUCCAUAUGAGAAACGUACGAUGGAGUUGUUGAAGGUGUCCAAGGACAAGCGUGCUCUGAAAUUCUUAAAGAGGAGGCUGGGCACACACAUCCGUGCUAAGAGGAAGCGAGAAGAACUUGGAAAUAUCCUGGUACAGAUGAGGAAAGCUGCUCAUCACUAAGUCCUUUGUCUAUAAAUUAAUACAUUUUUAAUAAAUGGAUAUAAGUUAUAUAAAACUCA